AUAAAAUUCAAGCUGAUGCCAUGGCUUGAAGCUGGUGCCAUUGUUCUUGCUGAUCGUGGUGUUGUCUUCAUUGAUGAAUUUGAUAAAAUGAAUGAUCAAGAUCGAGUUGCUAUUCAUGAAGUUAUGGAACAGAAAACUGUAACCAUUGCAAAGGCAGGAAUACAUGCCUCACUAAAUGCAAGAUGUAGUGUAAUUGCUGCAGCAAAUCCAAUAUAUGGAACUUAUGAUCGUUCAUUGACACCAACAAAGAAUAUCGGGCUUCCAGAUUCACUGCUUUCUUGUUUUGAUUUACUUUUUACUGUUCUUGAUCAAAUGGACCCUGAGAUUGACCGGCAAAUCUCAGAACACGUUGCACGAAUGCAUAGAUAUUGCACUGACGAUGGAGGAGCAAGGUCUCUUGAUAAAGAGGGAUAUGCUGAAGAAGAUGAUGGUGAUGCUAAUGCAGCCAUUUUUGUCAAGUAUGAUAGAAUGCUCCAUGGUCAGGAUAGAAGAAGAGGAAAGAAAUCCAAGCAGGACAGGCUAACUGUCAAAUUUCUGAAGAAAUAUAUUCAUUAUGCGAAGAACCUUAUUCAACCAAGGCUCACUGAUGAGGUAACCUUUUUCCAAUCCUGGAUACAGUCAUACAGAGCAAUACAAAGUUGUGGAGGUAUUAGUGUUUAUGGAAGAGCUACAGGUCUGAGAUCCAUGCAGAAUUUAGAGUUUUUAUGAUGUCAAAUACCCUCAAUCUGCCCACAGUUUUAGCUCCAGGAAUUUUUUGGACCUAGUGAUGACCAAGCUCCAAAAAUUCUUGGAGCUGGAACUCUGCCAAAAAUUUCUGGACCUAGUGAUGGCAGGUAGCUGCUUAAAUGGAGGACGAGUGCAACUACAAUCAUUAAUAAUAGUGAUAAGAG